GAAGUGCGUUCGCCAUUCCAACAAUUGACGAAGAUGGAGCGCGUGCGGGCGGUGGACCUCUCCCAGUACCAGAACGAGUCCAAAUCAGCGGAGGACACCGCGCUAGACAUAUGCCGCGAGAUGGGGUGGGAUCCAACUGAAGUCGUUCAUGUGACGUUGCAGGACCUCAUUGCGGCGCGUCUCUCUAGUUACCCCUCGACGAUCGGGAAAUCCUCCUCUCCUACUCAGGAACUGGACAUCCUCCAGGUCGAGGAAGCUCAGCAUCAUACACGCGGCUCCAGUGUCCAAGGAAUUGUCAAGCACGCCGUGUCGUCUUUGAACGGCCUGAAUGCUGUCGACCUCAUCUCGAUUCCGAACCUCAAGGCGCGCCUGGCGUCAUUGAAUGCUGCAUUUCCAGGCGCCCACUUCAACCACGCGAUUGCCGUCAAGGCGAAUCCGAUUCGCAGUGUCUUGAGAAUUGCGCAAGAGAUGGGAUUUGGCGCAGAGUGCGCGUCGUUCGCCGAGGUCCACCACGCGCUCCGUCUCGGCUUCCCGCCACGGUCCGUUGUCUUUGAUUCCCCGUGCAAGACGUAUGCCGAGCUCGCGGCCGCGAUCCGAUUGGGGUGCUACGUCAAUCUCGACAACGAAGACGAAAUCGCCAAAGUCGAGUGCAUCUUGACAGAGUUUUAUGGUCCCAACAAAGGCGAGCGCAGUCGCCACGACGGCCAGAUAGGACUUCGGAUCAAUCCUGUCGUCGGUGGAGGCUCCAUUGCGUCCACGAGCACCGCGACAAGCUCCAGCAAGUUCGGUCUACCCUGGACUCCUUCGACGCAAGCCCGUCUUAUCGAAAUCUACUUGACCCAUCGAUGGCUCCAAGGAGUCCACAUCCAUGUCGGAUCCCAAGGGUGCGCGUUGGACCUGCUCGUGGCAGGCGCGAAAAGAGCCGUCGAGUUCAGCGAGUUGGUGAACGCGCACAUUGGCGUCCCUCAAGUUCAAGUGGUUGACAUCGGUGGCGGCCUGCCCACUGUGUACGACGGUGUGUCCGAUCUCGGCUACGAAGACUACGCCGCCCAGCUGCGAAUUCAUGUGCCCGACAUCUUUUCCACGCGCGUGUCGAUCGUGACCGAGUUUGGGCGGUCUGUGUUCGUCAAGGCAGGGAUCACCCUCACCAAAGUCGAAAGCGUCAAGCAGUGGGAGGGCCAGAACAUCGCAGUCGUCCAUGUCGGCGCCAACCAGUUCCUGCGGACGGCAUACCUUCCACACCAGUGGCCGCACGUGUUGUCGGUCUUUGACGCCACGGGCGCUUUGAGAUCCGGGCCCUUCGUGCGCCAAGACAUUGCGGGACCCCUUUGCUUCUCUGGGGACUUUCUGGCCAAGCAAGUUUGGUUGCCCCAGAUACAAGUCGGCGACUACAUUGUGAUUCAUGACACGGGUGGAUAUACUGUCUCCAUGUACUCCAAGUACAACAGCCGGCCGUCCACAGCAAUCUACGGCUACGACGUCGACCGCGAGAAUCGCGUGCACCUGACAACGUUCAAAGAAGAAGAAUCGGUGGACCAAGUGCUGGCGUUCUGGGGGCCUUAG